GACGGCAGAGGGGCUCAGUUGGAGCCACCAGCCGCCUGCCCGCCCGCGGAGGCCACCCCGCGGUCUCCCUCCGCUCCCACCGACUCCCCAACACCGGGAGAAAAGCGUGCAAAGGCGCGAGAGGGACGGAAACCACAAAUAAAUAGCGGCGGCAGCAGCGCGUCAUCUGGCGGAGCAGGAAGUGCAGGCAGAGUCCGGAGGCUGCCGCUUUCUGCGCGUCCCCCGGACUUUGCCAUGGGCUGGGGGCCGCGGAGGCUGCGGGCGGCCGGGCGAGGGCAGCGGCGGCGGCGCACGCACCGGGGCUGAGCGAACAGCGACGCGUGGGGCACUCGGAGAUGGCCGCGUCCAGCAACUCCAGCCUGUCCGGCUCCUCCGUGUCCUCCGAUGCUGAAGAAUACCAGCCUCCGAUAUGGAAAUCAUACUUGUAUCAGUUACAGCAAGAGGCACCUCGUCCCAAGAGGAUCAUCUGUCCUCGGGAGGUGGAAAACAGACCAAAAUAUUAUGGAAGAGAGUUUCAUGGGAUCAUCUCCCGGGAGCAGGCGGAUGAGCUUCUAGGAGGCGUGGAGGGUGCCUACAUCCUUCGAGAAAGCCAGCGGCAACCAGGAUGCUACACAUUAGCCCUGAGGUUUGGAAACCAGACCUUAAACUACCGGCUGUUCCACGAUGGGAAACACUUCGUGGGUGAAAAGAGGUUUGAAUCCAUUCACGAUUUGGUGACAGAUGGCUUGAUCACAUUGUACAUAGAAACAAAAGCUGCUGAAUACAUUUCAAAAAUGACAACGAACCCCAUCUAUGAACACAUUGGAUAUGCCACUUUACUCAGAGAAAAGGUAUCCAGACGGCUGAGCAGGUCUAAAAAUGAGUCAAGAAAAACAAGCGUCACAAAUGAAGAGCACACGCCAGUGGAGAAGAUCUCCUCCUUGGUUCGAAGGGCUGCACUUACACACAACGACAACCACUUCAACUAUGAGAAGACACACAACUUCAAGGUCCACACCUUCCGAGGCCCGCACUGGUGUGAAUACUGCGCCAAUUUCAUGUGGGGACUCAUCGCACAGGGCGUCCGCUGCUCAGACUGUGGGUUGAAUGUACACAAGCAGUGUUCCAAGCACGUUCCCAACGACUGCCAGCCUGAUCUCAAGAGGAUCAAGAAGGUGUACUGCUGUGACCUCACCACGCUCGUGAAAGCUCACAACACUCAGAGACCCAUGGUGGUUGACAUAUGCAUCCGGGAAAUUGAAGCAAGAGGACUGAAAUCAGAAGGCCUGUACAGAGUCUCCGGAUUCACAGAACACAUUGAAGAUGUCAAAAUGGCAUUUGAUAGAGAUGGGGAAAAGGCAGAUAUAUCUGCCAACAUCUAUCCAGACAUAAAUAUCAUCACUGGAGCUCUGAAACUGUACUUUAGGGACUUACCCAUCCCUGUCAUCACUUAUGAUACCUAUUCCAAAUUUAUAGAAGCAGCAAAAAUUUCCAAUGCAGAUGAGAGGCUGGAAGCAGUCCACGAAGUGCUGAUGUUGCUGCCUCCCGCCCACUAUGAGACCUUGCGCUAUCUAAUGAUCCAUCUCAAAAAAGUAACUAUGAAUGAAAAGGACAAUUUAAUGAAUGCAGAAAAUCUGGGGAUCGUGUUUGGGCCCACCCUGAUGAGGCCUCCUGAGGACAGCACCCUUACAACCCUCCACGACAUGCGGUACCAAAAGCUGAUCGUGCAGAUUUUGAUAGAAAACGAAGAUGUUUUGUUCUAAUCCAACAGGGAAAUGAGCUGAAUGGCCCCAGCCUCAUCCUAGCCGAUAGAGUGAAAGAAAUAAAAACAUUUCUUCACUUGAUUUCUUUUUCAAACAAGUGACAGAGUUUCCUGGACCACAGUGGAUUGCAGAGUUGGGUACUGUGUCUCAUAGACACGCCCUCCUCCACGCGAGAACAGGGUGAGGGCGAGAGAGCCCCGGCCUCGGGUCUUUUGCUGUGCCUCGUAUGUAUGUUUGUUUUGCUGGAAGAGUGAUUAAUAAAUCUUUCUUUAACUUAUUAAAAACAAUGUAGACCGUAAGCUUCAAUCUCAUCAGUAAUAAAGGGGAACUUAAUUCAUAAAGGUACUUGAUACAGUUAUACAUUUUCCACUUACAGAAAGAAGACAAUUCUAUAUGUUAAAUGUUAAAUGAAACCUAUAUUGUAAAAUGUAUUUUUAUUUUAGCUGCAAGAAUGUUAUUUUAUUUUAGCAAAUAGAACUCAAUGCAGUGCAUUGACUAUUACCCUAUGUACCUUGUCCUGCGUCCUUGCUGUGAUGCCCUGGAAGUUUGACCACAAAUGCAGUAUUAUCUUGGCAUACCUCUGCCCUUAUUAGUGCUUUUCAAUGAAAUUUCACUGCCACAUGUGUCCCUGCUUUUGAUAGUUUUUGCUCUUAAGCACCGCCAUUCUGCUAUCGUAUAGUAUAGAUUUAUAACAAUUAUAGGGUGGACUAAAACAUCCACAAAUUUUCUUUCCAUGAAAAUUUUGUGAAUUUCCAACAUAAUUAUGGAGUCAGUCCCUGCCUUCCCAUGUAAUGAGUGUGUAACCCAGAACAUGCAGAAUGUGGUCAUUUUGUGUAAACUGAUUUGAGGACACUGGAUGUAUCUGGACCAUGAAAACAGCACUUUUUCCUCUUUUCUUUUCAGCUAAACCCUCAAAAUCCAUAUGUUAAUGACAAGUUGAAUUUUUGUCACAUUCACAUACGACAAAAAGUGACCCUGUAGAAUAAUUUUUAAUUUUUUUGCUUUUGUUUUAUAAACAAACCUAUUUUUAAAGUAAAGAAUGAAUCAUGUUGCUUUUUGCUAAAUAUGUGUUCAUCCUUGAAAAAAGUAAUUCUAUAUGGGAAAUAAUUUCAUAUAAUUCUAUUACUUUAGUUAGAUCCUGUUGGUUAUAUUUAUCUCGGCAUAAGCCUUUUCCACCAAGAUUUCUAUAUUUUGUAACGUAGGUAAAAUAUUUAAAACAUCAAAAACUGUAAACCUAGAGUUUUUAAAAUCCAACUGCAAUGUCUUUCCCUGAUUGUCUGAGAUGAGUCGUGUAAUUACUCACAAGUCUUGCUUUGGAGUGACCACAAGAGAUGCACUGUGUGUGGUAUGGCAUGAGAGGAGGUACACAGCGUGGCUGUCAUACUGGGAAGUCCCAGGGCCCUGCAGAUGGACUCUGUUGUCACCUGGGGGUCAGCAUUGUUCAGCCUGCUCCCUACCAUUAGCCUUCCUCCCAACUGUACAAAUUCAUCUGUUGUAGCUUAUGUACUUCUUGAUACUGUCAAAAAAAUUAUCUGGAAAUGGUUUUAUUUUGUGAAGUGAAUAAUACUUUGUAAUUUAUGAUAGUGUAAAUGGAAGGAAAAGCAUUACAUGUAUUAAAUUCUUCUGUCUAUCA